CUUGCUACGACUUAUCCAUAACUUCCAUCCGACCGUCAUGUUCGCUUGCUCUUCGAAGGUAACAUUGAGACCAGUAUAGAGCUCCUACGCUUUGAUCGUUGCACCAUCAUGAUGUUACGCAGUACGACCUUGCUAUAGUGGUAGCUACACCGCGUUUGACGGUGAUCUUGAUAAUAAGAACGCUACUACGAGCAUCGUUGUGCACAGAGGCAGGUUUUCAUCCAACUGUGGCUUGAUCGCGGAUUUGCUCAUCUAACGAUACCCGAUGAUUUAAACAGCCCCGCAGCAUGCACUCAAACGAAUCGAUUUAUGUGAUGGAUAUACAGACAUACUUAAAGAUGUAUUGUAACUAUAUGGGUAUCCAAACUCCCCUCCUUUCUCUUACUCGACUCUCCGCUCCAAAUUGAUUUUUGAGACCUUGAUGGCGACCCCAACGGAAAUACCUCAACUCACAGGCUCCGAGAGGGCCCUUGUGUUUGAGGUUCUCGAUGCUCUGCUCAAUUCCGCGACCCUACUUGCGUUCAUGCAUGGGAUGUACACCUGCAUACUCGCAGGGACACUUUGGAUCAUCUUUGCAAGCCAAAGAUCCACCAACGCCGGGAGGCGUACAAUGAUUAUUCUGGUCAUAGCGAUCUAUUUUCUCACUACUAUCAUUUUUGCCUCGAAUUGGUUCCUACAACGAAAUGCAUCUAUCACACACGGAGAAAAUUUCUGGACUACGUUUCUAUUGUAUGAUAGUCCUAACAGAGUAGAAGAAAUUAUGAUAUGUUUGCGUGGCAUACCCGCUGGUAUAGCCACACUUCUGGCCGACUCCGCUCUGAUCUGGCGGUGCUGGGUCGUCUGGGGGCGUCGCUGGAUAAUCGUUCUCAUUCCUAUUCUUUGCUAUUCAAGAUAUUGGCCUAUGUAUUAUUCUGUUAUUACUCAAGUCGAUAACUUGGACGAUACCAAGAACUGGACGCUCAUAUAUGAGUCCUGCACCCUGGCUACGACACUGCUCUCGGGGGCCAAACAUGGUGGAGCAGGCGCACAGGCAUAUCGCGGAGUUGUAGAAGUCAUCGUUGAAUCAGCGUCUCUCUACACUGUCUCGCUGAUUAUCGACCUGAUACUCGUAGCCCGACAAAGCCCUGCUGAUUCUUACUCAGACGGAAUCGCUCCGACUCUCAUUGUUGCUCGAGUAGCAUCGGGUCAUGCACGUCCUGAUGACUCUUGGAACGGGAGUGUGAUGUCGUCUCUCCACUUUGGGAGUCGUGCUCAUUCCGCAGAGGAUAUGACCAGGAGUGUUGUUCUUGCCGAAGAAAAUGUUCUCGAGCCUGACGAUGGAAGGAGCACUCUGCAGUCCGAAUCAAGGAUCUAGAAAGCUCUCAAUAGACAGGCCGUUAUUGCAAGUUUAUUUUGGUCGGCUUCUCAAACUCAAUCUGCACAGGUGCUUUUUGGAGAAAGAAAAAUAUAGAAUUGUGGAUGGCUGGUUCUAGUAUUGUACGGGCAGCUUCUUACAUCUUCCGCAAAUCUUCUGUCGAACUAGAGAUGUAGAAUUUCGUAUAAAAAUUAACACUAUAUGUAUGCAGGAU